AUGGAUCAAAGAAUGGAAGAGAUGAAGUUCAUGGGAUUCUCAAGCAUCAUCUCUCACUCCUUCAAAACAAUCUUCACAUGGAAAAAAACUUUCUCCCUAAUCACCCUCACUCUAAUCCUCCCUCUCACACUCAUCUUCAUUGCUCACAUGCAAUUCUCAUACUUCUUCUAUGAUCAAAUCGAACCCAACCCAUUCCAACUGUUCCUAGGCGCAUUCGACAGUUACAAAUCAUAUUACAACCAGAAUACCACCACCGCAGACGACUGGCGCAGCUACUUCCUCUUCAAAUUCAUCACUCUAGCCAUCAUCACCAUCUUAUGUGUUCUAUCCACCGCAUGCAUCGUCUACACGAUCGCAUCGGAUUACACAGGGCGUGAAGUCACCUACACUAAGUCCAUGAAGGUUGUACCAAAGGUUUGGAAGCGACUCACACUUACUCUCCUUUGUAUGUACCUUUCGUUAUUCGCCUACGCUUUGAUUGCUUCAGUAGCUAUCUUUGUAUGUAGUUCCGUGGUUACUCAAGGGCCAGGCAAUGUGUUUAUGUUAAUCUAUGGAAUCAUUUAUAUCUAUUGGUUCUUGUAUUUGAGUAUCAUCUUGCAGAUCGCUUCGGUGGUGAGUGUAUUAGAAAGUUCAUAUGGGAUAAAGGCAAUGAUCAAAGCAAUGGAUCUAAUGAAUGGGAAAAGGAAAACCGCGUUAGCGGUUUCCUAUGUGUUGUAUCAGUUUUUGGUAUGUGUAGUGUAUGUGUAUAUGGCGUUUGUUGUGUACAACAACGCGGGUUUGAGUCCUGUGUGGCGUGUGGCGAUAGGGAUCAUAUGUGGGCUUUUGUUUGUGGUCAUCUUCUUGCUAUUUGUAGCGAGUGAAACGGUGCUUUAUUUGGUGUGUAAGUUGCAUCAUGGUGAGACUAUUGAUCCGACGAGUUUGUCGACGUAUUUGAGUUCUUAUUUGAGCGAUUCGCGACCAGUUUUUAGAACUGGUGAAGAUAUUCAACUUGGAAGGCCUCAAAAUCAACUAGUGUCUCAUGUUUAA